AUGUUACAGCGGGACCGGUGUUCCCCGCCGGGCGCGUGCGUUACGCACGCGGUUCGCGUCGCUUCCGUUUCCGGCCGAAGCUGCGGGAAGAUGGCGGCGGCCAUGGCAGCAUCUCCUCUGACGGUCACCUUAGGGCGACUGGCGUCCGCGUGCAGCCUCAGCAUCCUGCGACCUUCGCGGCCCGGAGCAGCGGCUGGAGAAUCUACCUGCAAGGUCGUUCCCCCUCCCUUUGGUCUGCUUCUCGAAGGUUCAAUUCACAGAGCACUUCAUAUCUACCAGGGUAAUAUCAAAAUAUAUGUUCCUAAAACAUCCCUGAGUUCACCACCUUGGCCAGAAGUUGUUCUGCCAGACCCAGUUGAGGAGACCAGACACCAUGCAGAGGUUGUGAAGAAGGUGAAUGAGCUGAUCGCCACGGGGCAGUAUGGCAGGCUCUUUGCCGUGGUGCAUUUUGCCAGCCGCCAGUGGAAGGUGACCUCUGAAGACCUGAUCUUAAUUGGAAAUGAACUAGACCUUGCGUGUGGAGAGAGAAUUCGACUGGAGAAGGUCCUGCUGGUUGGGGCAGACAACUUCACACUGCUUGGCAAGCCACUCCUCAGAAAGGAUCUUGUGCGAGUGGAGGCCACAGUCAUUGAAAAGACAGAAUCAUGGCCAAGAAUCAUUAUGAGAUUCAGGAAAAGGAGAAACUUCAAGAAGAAAAGAAUUGUCACGACCCCGCAGACUGUCCUCCGGAUAAACAGCAUUGAGAUUGCUCCAUGUUUGUUGUGAUUACCGAGUUAAUACUUACAAAAGGAUAAAAAUAAACUCCUGCUUCCCAAGGA